AGUGACCCCUGGUUUGCCAAUCCCGAACGAUGCGCAGCUACCCAGGGCUGACGAGCCGCAAACACGGCGAAACACGUGUCCUCUGGUGCUGUCGCAUCGUUCCAUGAGUAUCUGUUUCUCUACGUGCAGCCAUAGAAGCCAUCUUAAUCUUCUCUACUCUUAGAAAUUGUGACCUCUCUUCUCAUCGUCAUCAUCAUGGCUGGAAUCUUCAGAGAAUUGUUAUCAGCAUCACAAACAUUGUCGGAGAACCAGAGUGCCACAAGCACCGAAGAACUACGCGGAAAUGAGGAGCAUAUUACGACCGAUGCUCAUCCGGAAUUGCAGCCAACAGUAGCGCACGUAACGAGGGCAUUGGAUACACCUGAGGAUAAUGACACACAUGUCACCGCAUCUCCUGACGCCUCGCUGUCUGAGCCAACUAGCACUGUCAUGAUGGAUGCUGCCACUGAGAUGAAACCUGAACUAGCCUACCGUACAGAAGACGUCUGUGGAAAGAAGUACUCAUACCACGCACCUCCAGAAUCGCAUGGAAGUCGCGUGAAGGAGUAUGCUGUGCUCCACACCAGGCCCAUACAUGAGAGGUACGCGUCGUUCUCAAGCAGAAAAUCAUCGUUCGACCUUUAUCCUGCAACUGCGAAGGGAAACACAGAAAAAAUGGCAAAAGCUGGAUUCUUCUACACUGGUGCUCAAGAUCGCACAACCUGCUUUCAGUGCGGCAACUCCUUUUGCAGUUGGAGCGAUGAGGACGAUCCAUUAUCUGAACACGCCAGGUGGUACAGAGACUGUCCUUACGUCAUUCUGCAGCUUGGUGAUGAGGUUAUCGAGAACAUUAGACGGGAACACAGCAAUACACUGGCAGAGGUAAUUUACCCUCCGCCAGCGAUAAAGCUGCCCAAUCUAGAGGAAUCUAGUGAGUCAAGCGCUUGUACAACCGGAGCGGGUGCCGUGCUAAUAGCAUAGGGCGCAAAUUGCACGUAGUAGCUGAGUUGGGGCAGGUUGCAUUGGGGUGUUUGUUUACAGCCUUCUGUUCCUGUAUUUGGUGGACAUUUCCCCCUGCAAGCGCUUCUCCUUCACUGUGCAUACUGAACAUCCUAAGUUGUUUUGAUCUAAAUUUGCUAAAUAUUUUUCGAAUGAUUUACUUCGUUGUACACUGCACCUUCCCGUUGUUGUUUUGUCGUACGCAUUUUCUGCAUGCUUUCCUGCUGUUCCGUUCCUGGUGGUUUUGUUAUAAAGAUCUCACUGAAUG